AUGUCUAAAUUAAUAUUAUUAUUAUUAUUGAUAAUAGUAUAUAUAAUAAACAAUGUUAAUUGUUAUGGUUGUGAUUGUUCAUGUUGUACAGGUUCUGGUUGUACAUUAGUUUAUCAAGGAACAAUAUCAGUAUCAACAUGUGCUUCAACAACAUGUACAGAUGCUUGUAAAUCAAAAUAUAGUACAUGUUCAUCGGGAUCAUCAAGUGCUGUUUGUUCAGCUAGAAGUUUUUUUCAAUUUUAUUCGAUUUUAUUUUUAAUUAUUACUACAAUUAUAUCGAUUUUAUUAUUUAACAAUUGA